AUGCCUCCGCCGACCAAUCCCCCAAACUCUCCAUACCACCACAAGAAGGUCCCCAGACGCUCAAUGGACAUCAUCCAUCGGCUGAACCCCUUCGCUCCCCGUCCGUCGGGUCGGGCCUUCCCCCCCGACGACGACGAGAGCACGUUCACCGCGACUGUGCCUACGCCGCUCCCCCCUCUCCCAGCGUCUCCGGCCACCACGCGCGUCGACCGCCCGUCCACUGGUCCCGGAAGCGUCGACAACGAGCACCUCCCCUCCAACGAAGCUGGGCCGCUCACCGAGGCCCAGCUCGAAGUGCUCCGUUACCGCACGUCCACGUCCACCUCGUCGCCACGCCGCGUUCAGUCCACCACCACCACUGAGCGCCCGGGUUCCCAGUCGUCCUUCCUCCGCUCGCUCACCCACCACCCGUCCUUCUCGGCCCUCAAGGCCCGCUCCCGUCGUCGCAAGGCCCAGGCCGGCGAGAGCAAAAGCGCCAACACGACGCCGGCCAAGACUUCACCCAAGGCAGCCAAGAAGGAGCUACGCCAGCUCAAGACGAGCAAGAGCGCGCCCAAGCUUCGUGCCCAGGCGAGGCUCCAAGAGGAGGAUGUUCCCCUUCCUCCCAUCUCCGACUCGAUGAGGGCUGCGUUAUACUCUCGCCCCAACUCGCAGUUCAACGGUGUCGUUGGCGCUGCCCAAGCUGCCCAAGCCGAGGCUGAGCCACGCGCGGCGACACCAGGCCCCUUCAGCUCCAUCCGCGGGGACCCCCCUGUUCUUGACGGCGGGAUGGGCGCAUAUCUCCCGACUGAGGAGGUUGCUCGCGAGACCGUGUCUUCCCCACUUCCGCGCCACCUCAUUCCCAAUGCACCGCCUGCAACACCUCUCGCACCCACUGUUACUGCGCGUGGCAAGCAGCGCCAGCGCCGCAUGAUGUCGUCGCCUCCGCGUCUUGGCACGCAAGAAUCACCACUUGGUGUCAGCACAGACACGCCCGUGUCGAGUGUUUACACUGCGAUUGUUGACGCCGAUCCUUCGUCGACGCCCACGCCGAAUGCUGCUUCUCGCCGCCACCGCCACUUGGAGGACGCGAAUGGUUUUCAAUUUCCAUCGCCACCGUCGGACCAACUUCAUUCCGCACCCCGUGCCUCAACACCCUCUCGUGUUUACACUUCUGAAUCUUCGGCACCAGCUUUGUCCUUUCCGCCUCUUCCACAGCCAUAUUCAACAACGACAACGCAGCACCCACAUCCCAUCCCCCUGCCUGAACCCCCCAGCCCUGCGUGCACGUUUGAUGCACUCGAAGAGUUCCUAAACAACUCGCAAUCCACCAGCCCGGGCCAGGGCUGGAACGAAUCAACACCCCUCAAGCGGCCUGUGCGCAAAGAAUUCUCACGCUCUACAUACCCCGACAUGGACGGGGACAGCGAGUCGGCCCUCGACAUGUCCUUGCUCGGCGCCCCGUCUGGCUCCCGCCAUCACGGAUCAACAUCGCCGAGCCGGUCGUCUCCCUUUGUGCAUCCCGACGCCAGGAGACGUCUGUCGCUCGACGCAUUCGGCCCACCACCAUACGCCAGUGGCCUGUCGCUUCAGGUGGAGCAGCUUGAGGAUCUGAGCGUCGAGAGGAGCCGGCAGUUUGAGGACGACGACGAUGAUGACUUCCAGCAAGUCAACAACUCGGCCGCCGCCGACAGGUUCCGCGCUACAAGCCUGUCUACCAUCAAAGAGUGCUCGUCACGCUCAACGUCGUACCGUCUUUCGUCGGCUAUCGGCAGCAUUGACUCGCACUCGCCCGAACCAGCGGUCACGAGCCCCUUUCUAUCGGCGUCGCGCAAUAGUCAAGGCCUCUCUCGCCAUCUGCGCAACCUCUCCGCUCCUGCGGCGCCUCCACCAUUCUUAGUAACGCGCGCUCUUCUCGAGGCACAGUCCGAGCAUACUGGUGCGCUCAAGGGAGAGCUUGUUGCGGCCCACACUGUCAUCGAGGUGCUCAAAAGCGAGAUUGUCGACCUCAAGGUGCAACUCCAGGAGGCAUUGGAGCUCAAGGAUGACGCCAUCUUGGACAAGGACAAUGAGAUCGGUCGUCUCAAGUCGGACAACGAGGACUUGGAGAAAUUGCUGAUAGGUAUCCGCGUGGUCAUGGCGACGAACGAAGAGGACGUCGGCCUACUCAAGAGCCAAAACAACCUCCUCGAGAAGCGCUUCCGCAACCUGAGCACCGAGAUGGAGGCCAUUCUCGCUGCCCGUCAGGCCGACACCAAGGCGUUAAUGGAGUCCGAGGCGAUUCGCUCAAAGUUAGCAGCGACCGUCGCGUCCCUCCAGAAGGAGGUUGUGGGCGAGAGGAAGAGGAGCAACAGCCUCGAGGCGUCGGCGUCAAGCCUGCGCUCGUCGAUCAAUUCGCAGGAGAGUGACCACAACAGCGCCAUUACCGAGUGUGACAGCAAGAUUGUUGAGCUAUCGCUCGCUGCGAGCGCCAAGGACGCCGAGAUCUCGCAUCUCGAGGAGCAACUGUAUGCUGCUAGCCUUGCCGGCUCGGUGAAGCACAGCAACGCCGAGGUGGACAACCUUAUCAAGCAGUACGAGGAGCUCCAAGCCGAGUUUAUCGAGAAGGAGGCUGCGUCGCAGUCGUCACGCGAGGAACUUGCCCAGCUCAGGGAGCAGCGCCAGGCGUGGGAUGAUGACCGUCGGGCGUUGGAGGAGGAGCGUGACGAGCUUGUCGAGCGCGUCUGGCGCCUGGAAGAGGACGAGGCUGGUUGGCCCGACCUCAAGGCCGAAAACGACGAGCUCCACGAGCGAGUUGCCGACGCCGAUGCCGAAAUUGAGAGGCUGGAGCAAGAGGCCGAGUACAACAAGGGCACGCUCGCUGUCCAGGCGGCCGAACUCGAGGAGCUCCGCCAGGCUGUUGCCACAGCUGAGGACGACUUGCUCGAGGCACAGGAAGAGCGCGACCGUGUCAAAAAGGAUUCUGAGCGCGCAUUAACCCACCUUCAGGAGAAGCUCCGGGACAAGGAUGACGAGGGGGUGUCACUGCAAAGCUCGCUCCGUGUGGCGAUUGACACGCGAGAGUCGGAGCGUCUCCGUGCGUUGGGUGCCGAGUCUCGCGUCGGUACCUUCCAGGCCGAGAUCGACCGCCUCAUGCUCGUCGAGGCGAAACUCAAGGACGAGAUUGCCAACCUGCGCCGCGCGUCAGCAAAGGAGGGCCUCCAGCGCGUCGAGCUCCGUAAGCGCAUCGACGAUCUCGUUGCCGAGCGCGACCUGCUUGCCGUGUCUCUCGACUCGAAGGAGAUUGAGCUCGCAAUCUCCCGCCGCCCGCAAUCGUCCGUCGGCGUCCCCGGCAACCGCCUGCCUCCAUCAGCCAUUAAGGCCACACCAUCGACGUCGAGGUUAAACAGCUCGGUGUCGAGCGCGAGAGUGCGGAGCCGGUCCUCCUACUCGCCGACUGGCUCGCCCGCCUCGACGACCCUUACCCCCACCUCGCGCCAUAAUGUAAGCGAGGACGCAACGCCGCGUGCGCGUACCGAGGCCGAGACGCCAAUGGUCACCAAGCUCAGCCGUGGCGUGUCGCCGAGCCUCGAGACGCCAACGACGCGAUCGAUUAGCCUCAAGCCGCAGCCCCGCAAAGCCCCCACAACCACAACCACAACCGCGUUAUCCUCGUCUACCCGCAGUGUCAAGCCCGCCGCUGCGCCGGCGCCCACACCAAACCUGUCCCGCCGCGGCAGCCUGCAGGCUGUAGGCCGCGUGCGCCGCCCUGCCUCCCUCCACGAGUAG